GAAAGAAAUGAAAUAAAUUAAAAAACACAGACCAAGAAUAUCUCUCACCUUGUCUGAAGCUCUCAACUUUCUCUUUCUCUUACAAUGUCUGAAGGUGGUUUAACGGUUCUUGACGGAACUCCUCUACGAUCACUCAAUCUCUUUUUACCACAACUUGACGGUGUCGUCACGGGAGCUGAACUCCUCGAAAUCGCUGACUCCAAAGCCUCCAGCUCUCUCUUUGGACUCUCAUUGCCUCAAAACAUCAAAGCCUCGGCUUUUUCUCGUGUCAUCGCUGGCGAUGUGGAUGAUGGCGUUACUUUCCGGCAAAAGGAGAUCGCCGGAGAAAAAGCGUCUAAGGUUCUCUCUGACUACAUCUUUGCUAUUGCUGAUGAGUUGAAAGAUGAUCCACUAGUGGUGUCAAUAUUGGAUGGGAGUACUUUGAAGCUAUUUUUGGAGGAUGAAGAUGAUUAUGCUAUGUUAGCAGAGAAUUUGUUUACUGAUUUGGAUAUAGAAGAUAAAGGAAAGAUAAGCAAAAGUGAGAUAAGGAAUGCUCUUGUUCACAUGGGUGUUGAAAUGGGGAUUCCUCCUUUUUCAGAAUUUCCUCUGCUAAAUGAAAUCUUAAAAAAGCACGGAGCUGAGGGCGAAGAAGAAUUGGGCCAAGCACAAUUUGCUGAAUUACUUCAGCCUAUUCUGCAGGAAACAGCAGAUGCAUUGACUGAGAAACAUGUUGUUAUCAUCCAGAACAUCAAGGUUGUCAAUGGUUCUAAGCUAAGAAAGCUCUUGGAAGAUGAGAAGCAAUUCAAUGAUGUCAUACAGAGGAUCUUGCAGGAAAAGAAGAGUGGAAAAGAUGAGCUAGGGAAGACAGAGCUAAUCAGGAGUUUCCUUGAGAAACAUGGAAAAGAUUUGGGAUUGCCACCAGCUGAAUCUAAUGAAGCCGCAAUUCUUCUCUAUGAUGCCGUAUUUUCUGAAGUAGAGAGUGAGGAAAAUGCUGCACAAGUGGAUGAUGAAUUUAGGGAAUAUGUGAAACAAAUCCUCGAGAAGUUUGCGGAGCAGCUUGAAGCCAAUCCUAUCUAUUGUAACCUUGACGCUUAAGGGAGUGGCUGCACUACAAAUCCGGUUCUUCGGUUGUCUGAGCCUGUUCAUAUUUAUCCAGCAUUUGCUUCUCUACACGGGUUGUUAUGUUUAUAUUUAUCUACCUAUUAGAGAUUGUACACAUGGUGAUUCGGUCUUUGUCACGUCUUUGAUUCACACACAACUUUUAUGAUGACUGCUACUGCCCAAAUCCCCUCACUGUUUCCAUUACUAGAUACUCGUGCUUUUUUUAAGCCUACAUAUGUAAGAGAACGCCUUGUAUUAGCAUAUUGCACUUUGGGGAUUCAAAUAACAAUUCGAUGGAGCAGAAUUCUACAUUGAAAGAAUUUGAGUUAAGUCAUCAAGUGGUAAAGAUGACU